AUGAGUGUGCAUAUAUGGGACAUACGGCGGCCGUUCUUACCAUAUGCUAGCUUUGAGGAUCACAGUGACAGCGUUACCGAUAUGUGGUGGAACAUUCAAGACCCAGAUCGAAUUGUUUCAUCUGGCAAAGACGGACUAUUAGUGCUUCAUCAUAUGGAUCAGAAGCAGUCCCCGUUGUCGUACGCCUGUGAUAUGGCGCUAGACCUUGCUCCUGAUGGUUUAGUUGGAGUUGCUGCAAAUUCUCACAUUCCGAUAAUAAGCAUCAAGAGCUGUAUAUGGCAAGAAAGGUGA